AUUUUCAAGUAGUCAGAGUAUCUGAAAAAGUGGGACAGAUUAAUCCAUUUCGUUAUUAAGUAACAAAGAACCGAGAUUAGGUUAGUUGCGAGUCAGCUGAUUUGGUGGCUGGCCGAUUACACUGGACUCACUGAACUAUAUUUAAGUGGAUAUUUAGUUAUAACAAAAUUUAAAAAUGCGUUUAGUAAUCUGUGAUACGGUAGAUUAUGUGGCAGAAUGGUCUGCCAAAUAUGUUUUAAAAAGAAUUAACGAUUUUCAACCGAAUGAAAAUAAAUAUUUUGUUCUCGGUCUUCCAACAGGUGGUACACCUUUGGGAAUGUAUAGGAAACUCAUAGAUUAUUACAAAGCAGGAAAAAUUUCUUUUAAAUAUGUGAAAACGUUCAAUAUGGACGAGUAUGUUGAUUUACCCAGGGAUCAUCCAGAAUCUUACCAUUAUUACAUGUAUAAUAAUUUCUUUAAGCACAUAGAUAUCGAUCCAGUGAAUGCACAUAUUCUUGAUGGUAAUGCACCAGACCUUGUGAAAGAAUGCGAUGAUUUUGAGAGAAAAAUUAAAGAGGCUGGUGGAAUUGAACUGUUUAUUGGGGGUAUCGGUCCGGAUGGUCAUAUAGCUUUUAAUGAACCAGGAUCAUCCUUGGCAUCGCGUACAAGAGUGAAGACACUAGCACAAGAUACAUUAGAAGCUAAUGCUAGAUUCUUUGGAAAUGAUAUUUCCAAAGUUCCAAAGCAAGCAUUAACUGUUGGUGUUGGUACAGUAAUGGAUGCUAAAGAAGUAAUGAUUCUUAUUACAGGUUCUCAUAAAGCAUUUGCUCUUUAUAAAGCCAUAGAAGAAGGCAUCAAUCACAUGUGGACUGUAUCAGCUUUUCAACAGCAUCCUCGUACAAUAAUUAUUUGCGACGAAGAUGCGACUCUCGAAUUGCGCGUGAAAACUGUAAAAUAUUUCAAGGCUCUCAGUGCUGUACAUCAAAGAUUGAUAGAAGAAGAUGGCGAUGCAAUUCCUCGUCGUUCAAUACAAAACGAUUAAAAUGAAUUUAUGGGACAUUCAUAGCAAACUAAUCGACGAGCCUGGAAAAAUAUCGAUUUAAUACGAUAUAAAAUAUUGCUGUGUUUUAUAAUAAAAAAAUGAAAAGUUAUGAGGUGAAACCGAAGAUUUUAAGAAGGCACGAUUUUCGUGUACGAUACUUAAUGAGUUAUUUCGUAAUGAAAACUCUAUAUUAUAUACAUACUUGUUUGAAUAAAAAUGAGUUAUUAUAUUGUUAUAAUUUCUGUUUUAAUAUUACAGAAAUGCCAUAUUUUUGUAUCAUUAUACUUUUCCAUAAAUAAAUUUACUCUUUUUAUCA